AAUGUCAUUUUUGUGACUUUCUUCUUCUAGUGCUAUUUUUGAGACAUAAACUUCAAAAGAUGCUAUUAUUGACAAUUGCCCUUCUACAAACGUAGUAUACUUGUUAGUUUUUGAUGAAAUUGCUUUUGGAGCUCUUAUAUGAAAUUGCUUUUGGAGCUCUUAUAUGAACCACAUAAGUUUUGGCUUAUAUUAUUUAAGAAAUGUACAUGUACGUGAAAUUGCUAUUGUAGCAACCAACAAAGUCUUCAAGGAUGUUUGGUUUGUUGGCCAUUCUCUUAAUCUUGAGAGAUGCAUAUACAUCUUGAGAGAUUGCAAAGAAACUCAAUUAAUAGAACUGGAUAAGAACAACAUAUAAUUCGGUAAAUAUAUUGUGAUCGUAAAUGUAAGGUCGCUAUCUCAAUUUAUAUUUGAUAAUAUUUAUUGGUAAACCAGCUCACCAAUUUUUGGUAUAUUGCCUUUACUAGCAGUAAUCAAUUUUAGUAGAGAUAAACAUCCAUUAAUAAUCCAUAUCUUCUAAUUGAGAAAACUUUAGCUUAUAUUAUUUUGAUAAUAAUUAUGAAAUAUCAAUGUUGUAUAUGUAUAUAUAAAGUUUUAUAAAUAGCAUAUAGUUUAUUUGUAUGUAAACAGAUAGCUCAAAUAUUGGAUAAGUUUCAAAGAAAUCAACUCUAUAUAUGAACCAGAUUUGUGAACAGACCUAAGAGUUUGUCAAAAGUCAACGAUAGAGACGGUUACAAAAUCUACCAAUCCGUGAAGAACACGUGAAAGAUGGAGCUGAAUUUAAGAAAGAUGAUCUCAUAGUAUUUGACCUUCCACCAAUAAAAACCAUAAUGAAUACAUCACCAUACGCUGGAGUAAACGGAUAAAAAGAAGGGUGAACUUUCCAACAAUAUCUCUGACUCUUAUUCAGCUUUCUAUAUAUAUCACUCCCCCCAUUGUUCCCACGUUAUAUCCUAUCUUCACUCAUCUUCAUUCGUAUUGUUCAAUCUUCUUCUUUAGAAAAACAAAAAAAAAUGGCAGGAGAAAAAGGUUUCAUUGGAUCAAUAGAUCAAGGAACGACCAGCACCAGAUUCAUCAUUUAUGAUCACGAUGCUCGUGCCGUUGCAUCCCACCAAGUCGAGUUCACUCAGUUCUAUCCUGAAGCUGGAUGGGUGGAACACGAUCCAAUGGAGAUACUCGAAAGUGUGAAAGUGUGCAUUGCAAAGGCUCUUGACAAAGCCACAGCCGAUGGACACAACGUCGACGGUGGCUUGAAAGCCAUUGGGCUUACCGAUCAAAGAGAGACGACCAUCGUUUGGAGCAAAUCCACUGGACUUCCUCUCCACAAAGCUAUUGUCUGGAUGGAUGCUCGCACCAGUUCCAUCUGCAGGAGACUAGAAAAGGAGCUAUCAGGAGGAAGAUCUCAUUUUGUUGAGUCUUGUGGAUUGCCGAUUAGCACAUACUUCUCUGCCAUGAAGCUUCUCUGGCUGAUGGAGAAUGUAGAUGCUGUCAAAGACGCUAUGAAGAAAGGAGAUGCCAUCUUUGGCACAAUCGACACAUGGCUGAUCUGGAACAUGACAGGCGGUGUGAAUGGAGGGUUACACGUCACUGAUGUCACCAACGCUUCUCGCACCAUGCUCAUGAACCUCAAGACCUUGAACUGGGACGAGGAGACUCUUAAGACACUAGGCAUUCCCGCUGAAAUCUUGCCCAAGAUUGUAAGCAACUCGGAGGUCAUUGGAGAAAUCUGCAAAGGCUGGCCCAUCCCUGGCAUCAAGAUCGCUGGAUGUCUUGGCGACCAGCACGCUGCAAUGUUGGGACAAGCUUGCAAAAAAGGCGAGGCUAAGAGUACUUACGGCACUGGCGCUUUCAUUCUUCUCAACACAGGAGAAGUCCCCAUCAAGUCAGGACAUGGACUUCUGACCACGUUGUCCUACAAGCUUGGGCCUCAAGCAAAGACAAACUAUGCUCUCGAGGGUUCCAUUGCUAUAGCUGGAGCUGCCGUUCAAUGGCUAAGAGACAGCCUUGGGAUAAUUAAAAGUGCAAGUGAAAUUGAAGAUUUGGCGGCUAUGGUAGAAUCAACGGGAGGAGUGUACUUUGUGCCAGCAUUCAACGGUUUGUUUGCGCCUUGGUGGAGAGAAGACGCUCGUGGUGUCUGCAUUGGAAUCACUAGGUUCACAAACAAGUCUCACAUUGCAAGGGCUGUGCUGGAGAGCAUGUGUUUCCAAGUGAAAGAUGUGCUAGACUCUAUGAACAAAGAUGCCGGUGAAAAGGGCUCCCUAAAUAACGAGAAAGGGGAGUUCUUGCUUAGAGUUGAUGGUGGCGCCACCGCCAACAACCUUCUUAUGCAGAUUCAGGCUGAUUUGAUGGGAACGCCGGUGGUGAGGCCAGUAGACAUAGAGACAACAGCACUAGGAGCAGCCUAUGCAGCUGGACUAGCCGUUGGAUUCUGGAGGGAAGAAGACAUAUUUGAGUCAGGAGAGAAGUCAAAGAACUCCAAAGUCUUCAGACCAGCUAUGGAAGAAGCAACCAGGAAGAAGAAAGUGGAGUCAUGGUGCAAAGCGGUUGAGAGAACAUUUGAUCUUGCUGAUCUCUCUCUUUAAAAACUUGAGUUUAUUUCCUUAAUCCCCACGUUGUCUUUUCUUGUUUACCACAGCGGGGCUCUUUAAGCCACAUUAUGUCGUUUAUUACAUAUAUAAUAUAUGAUCUCUAAGUUACUACAUGUAGAGAUCAGACAAGGUUUGUGGCAGCCAAUAUUUCAGUUGAAAAUUAUAAACUGAAAACAUGUCUUUUCCGGUGGAA